GACCACAGAUCUGCCCCCAAAGAUGCGCAGGAGACGGGGGGAGCUCCAAGUCCCAGAGAUCCAGGCACUGCCCCAGAACACAGGAACCCCAAGGAGACUGCAACCAGAAAGGCCCCCGCCCCCCUCGAGAGGCACAGAGGAUCGCCUUGGGGGGCCACAACCAGCAGCCGGCAGAGUCCCGGGAGACAUCAGCGGCAAGCCCACAGGCCCGCCCGCCGCCUCCCACCCCCUAGCCGUCCGAGCCCGGGACCCAGCGACCCGGGACCCAGGGGCGACCACCCCCGCCGGGGACCCAGCAGAGCCCAGGGACCCAGACCCCACCAGGCAGCCACCGGGAUUGACCUGGGAAAAUUUCUAAUGGUCGGACAUGGAAAAACAUGGCGGACCGGCAAGAACUAGUAUGGCAGAGAGAAGGAACAAAGUGAACGGGGAUGAAGAACAAAGUCAACAGCACUCAAGUGAGUGUAAAGAGGCGAUCCUGGUCUUGGCAGCAGUACCUGGACGAGAAAAAGGCGGAGGCAGCUCCAUCUAGUCUUUUCACAAAGACCCAGUCCUUUCCCAGUAAGAGGCCAGGUUUCAAAGUUGGUAUGAAGCUGGAAGGUAUCGACCCUUUACAUCCAUCCAUGCUAUGUGUACUAUCAGUUGUUGAGGUGAUUGGUUGUCGGCUGCGCCUCCACAUUGAUGGUUACUCUGAGUGUUAUGACUUCUGGGUAAAUGCUGAUUCAGCAGAUAUAAAGCAUGCUGGCUGGUGUAAAGAGCACAAUCACAAGCUCUACCCACCUAAAGGUAUCAGUGAGACAGACUUUGACUGGCAGGAAUACCUUCAGUUCUCAAGCUCCCAUGCUGCUCCCGUGGCCCUAUUUGCCUCCCACAUUGCUGGAUGUGAAUUCCAGGUGGGCAUGAAGCUGGAGGCAGUAGACAAGAAGAACCCUGGACUUGUAUGUGUUGCUUCUGUUGCUGAUGUCAUCAACAAUCGAUUUCUGGUUCACUUUGACAACUGGGAUGACACGUAUGAUUACUGGUGUGACAGCAGCAGUCCAUUCAUCCAUCCAGUGGGCUGGUGUGAAGAGCAGGGACGGCCUCUGACAGCUCCCCAGGGUCAUCCCAACCCUGAGAACUUUCUGUGGGAGGAAUAUCUGCAUGAAACUGGUUCUACUGCCGCUCCUUCUUCAGCUUUCGCGUUGAGAGCUCCGCAUGGUUUUCAGGUAAACUACAGACUGGAGGCAGUUGACAGGAGAAACCCUGUGUUGAUCCGUGUUGCCACAGUAACAGACACUGAGGACUACAGGGUGAAGGUUCACUAUGACGGCUGGUCGAUGCUGUUUGAUGUGUGGUUGGACAGUGACCACCCUGACUUGCAUCCUGUUGGCUGGUGUCAGCGAACAGGGCACCCACUGGAACCACCUCCAGGUUCCUCCCCCCUCCCAUCCCCCUCUCAGGGAGUGUGUCCUACUGCUGGUUGCAGGGGAGUUGGACACAUCAAAGGACCCAAAUACACCGGACACCACAGUGCCUUUGGCUGUCCUUACUCAGAUAUUAACAUACGAAAGGAAGUGGUGCUUCCGGAUAGGCUGGGAGGAGAGCUAUCUGUUAACCUUGUACCUGCUGCAACCAUGCAUCACCAUAGCAACCAGUCUCACAGGAGAGGAAUUCAGGUGAAGACCGUGCCUAAAGACGAUGUGCUGGUGCUUCCUUUAGGGAAAAGAAGAAGACUGACUGAGAGGCUGUCCCAGCCUACUAAGUUAUGUCAUGUGAAUCAGGAAGAGGAGGAGCUUCACGCUGCAGGCAUAAGCCCAGAGACCAGUCUGCAGGCUGUCCUCCACCAGUCUGUGUUCCUGUCAGCCAUGUCUCCACAGCCUGGACGUGAUCUUUCUCUUUGUUGGGAGCAACACCGUAAACUUCUGCCAGGUGUGAUUAGAGUCCACGCUGAGGCGGUCCAGCACUGGAGUGUCCAGCAGGUUUCAGAUUUUAUCGAGUCCCUGCCCGGCUGCGAGGAACAAGCGAAACAGUUCAGAGAUGAGCAAAUUGAUGGAAGAGCAUUUCUUUUACUCACACAAAGGGACAUCAUCAGGAUCAUGUCAAUCAAACUUGGACCUGCCCUCAAGAUCUACAACUCCAUCCUGAUGUUCAAGCAUGCUGGGGACAAGAGCCAAUCACACACUGAGGAUAACGGUCAAUCAGCCAUUCAGGAUUCUAGCACCUGACAUCUGCAACCGGUCACUGAAAAAACUCAGGAUGAUUUAAAGCAAGCCCCGCCUUCUGGUGGUCCCUGAAACUGCACCAUCCACUCAUCCCUCAGUUACAUUUCUGUCACAUAGAGUUUAGGUGUCUGCAGGGCAACCUUCUGCCAUUGUUCUUUCACUUUAUAUUAAAACAGCUGCGCUUCAUUUAGGGCUCUACCUUAUUUGAAUAAUACAAAAAAGCACAGGAUCAAAAGGAUUCUGGGUUGUAGAGCUACAACUGUGAUUAUGUUCAGACCUAGAGGAUUCAGAGCCUGAAGUGGAACUCCGGAGGAUUUGUUUUAUCCUUUUGUGUCAGUGGUGACAGUCGAUGCAAACAUAAGUGAACGUCACCACACUUAGAUGACACUUUUGAAUUUACUGAAUAUGCAGAUAAUUUAUUAUGAGUUUUAUCUCACUAAUGAAUAUUAAACAUUACGAUAACAUCAUCUAACAAGAAAAAACAUAACGCUCUAAAGAAUAAAAAUCAGAAGCUAAAUCAGUCUGACAACAGGACUGAUGUAGAACUACAAAACUUUCAGUAGGGAGAUCAAAUCAAAACGGAAAAAAGGAUUUGGUCAUUUUGCUCAAGAGCCCCAAUGAGAUGUUGCUGAUGAGGAGAUCGCAGCGGAACCAGGACACCAUCGGCCAGUCAUUGUGAUAUCAUUCUGGAAAUCUUCAUGAUGGGUGAAGUUUGAAUUUCAGUGUUUUACAUUAUUCCUCCAGUGUUCAGAAAAUAUAUUUCCUGCUGUUUCUAUAGAGAUUUAUUUUAACAAUUGUGUGAGAAAAUAAUUUUGAACCAAAAUGCUGACUCUUCCUUCUUUGUGAUGUCACAAUGAGGUCAUUGUUGUAGUCAAAUCACCACUUUUAGAGGGUGCAAAGCUGCACAUGCUCAGUAUCUAUAGGACAGGUUUCCUCAGGUUUCUAUGGUAACACAAUUAUAUUUAUAAAUUCAGUCCCUGUCUACAUUUCUGCCGGUUUGAUAAAAUCAAUAAAGUCUUUGAUCUGG